AUGACGUCUCCGCCAAAUAUUACAUUCGGUUAUUUACAAAUGGAAGAACGCUAUAAAAAUUUAGAGCGUUCUAUCAAGAAGAUGCAGUUGAAUCAACGGAUAAAUGAGACUGGAACUAACCAAGUACUUGACUCUCGAUCCUGUGCUUCAAGUGUCAACGGUAAUAUGCUGGAUUGCGAGACGAGUUCACGAGUUGGCAGCGAGGUUGUCUCGUCAAGUACAAACAUGCGGAAUAUACUUUCUCAGCGAUUAAAUACACCAACCCACGGUAUUACGACAUCAAGUGUCAAAAAUUCUCCAGAAGUUAUAGAUCGUGCCAUAAUGCCGCCGCCGAAAACAAUUGGCAUCCUCGCUCAUUCAUCCCGGAGAAAUUCAUUGGCGAGUCCUCAAAUAGUUCCCAAGACAACGACUUCUGGAAUUGAAUCUAACACCAGUGUUAUUUCAGCAAUUAACUAUCCAUCAGCUAGCGAAUUUGAUAAACAAAAAUCCAAUAUUUUACACUCCACCUUGGACACGAGCAAACCUGAUCGUAUUUUUCAACGAUGGAAAGUUGCUCUGAGUAACACAGGCGAGCUGCUCAUUAAAGGUUUCAUAGAAGGCAAUAAAUAUGUUCGCAGCAAGCCGGUAGUCGAACGCAUCAACUCAACAACUGUUAAAUCUUUUUUCUCACACAUUUAUAGUCUUGAAGGGCGCAUUCAUGACGAAGCGAAAGAGUUACCCGAGUAUGUGCGUGGUAAAUUUUACAAUGGGUUUCCAGAUGAUUGGAAAAAUGUUCACCAUGUAUGGCAAAGUUUCGUCGCUGGUGGUUGUAGUGAUAAUUUUCGCUGGCCGACACCAAUCACCGACAGCGAUGAUGAUUUAAUAAGUGAAAUAACUGAGGUAAAUAAUUCCAAGUCCCUAAAGCGUUCACGGGCUCGAAAAAGAUUAUUGAGAAAUCAUGAAAGUACUGGAGACUUUUUAAAAAAGUCUUUAAUUGAGUCAUCUGUUAAACAAAAGCUUUCGUCACCCAGACAUCCCUCCGUUAAAUCAGCAGCUCAGAUAUCUGGAGAUCCACAGAGUUCAAUUUUUCAAACUCCAACUGAAUCACUCCAAAAAGAUUUGAAUAAGAGUCCUAGGUCUCGAUCGAGAGUUAAUCAAGAAGUAGCCGCGGAUUCUGAUAAUGAGUCACGUCAAGCUGUCGAUAAAGUUUUAGGAACAAUUUUAUUAAACAGCGCAAAUGUACAACCUUCUGAUGAACAAUUGGAAACGUUGAAGGCUUUUUCAAUUCUGUUGAAAAAUAAAAAAUAUUCGGUUGAGUUCUUGGAGAAUAUUGUUGAAAUGUCUAACUCGUUGAUGAGUGUCAUAUCUCGGACGUCUGAUGAACAUCCAGCUGAGAGCAAUCAGUUUUCAAUGAUUGAGAGUAACAUUUCGUCAAAGAAUCAUAGCGCUACUUAUACAAAAGCUGGAAUUAAUAAAAAUUUAUCCGCUAAAUCCAAUAAAAUGUUGAGAGAACAAGUUGUUGAUCAAGUAUCGAGUAAACAUUCUGCUAAAAAUAAUUCAAAGUAUGUUCCAGUUCGUAGAAAAUUGACUAAUCGUCAUUAUGAUACUUCAGAUGAGUUUGACAGCCAUGAUGAUGAUGAACCCUACGACAGCCGGUAUGCUUUAAAAUCACGCUUAGUCCGAAUUCCCAGUAAAAGAUUACCCGAACGACCGGGAAGAGUUAAUCAUGCUAGACGUAGGCGUUCACUUGAUUCUGAGAGUAGCGACUUAGAUGAAUUUGCACAUAAAAAUAAGAAAUCUUUGGUAAGUCCCGCGUAUGAUGAUCGAAGGAAAAAUACCAAUGUUGUCGAACCGGAGCAAAAGAAGUUUUUACGAAAUGAAAUAAGAAAACCAAUACAGUCUCAGCAUACUGUCAGGAACUCACGAAUACCCCUGCCACGCUCAGUUUAUCUUCAUGAUCGUGGAGGAGCUGAAUCAGCUUCAACAAUCACAGGAUUUUUAGCAAACUACGACUCUUGUGCCAGCAUCACUGAAGAUGAGCGUGCGCUUCGGACUAUGGGUCGACAAAAUAUUCAUUUAGAACAAAAUAAAAAAAUGACUGUUCCAGUAGGGCCUAAAUAUCCACUGUGCUAUGAUUCGUGUAUAAGUAUCACCGAAGAUGAGUCAAGUAGACUUAAAAAGGUAAUUAAAGAAAAUAAUUACAAGAAGCCGAUACUUCAGGAAAAAAAUGCUCAGUAUUUGGAUCAAGUCAUGAAGAGAACAAGUAUUCAGAGAUUAAAUCAGCUUGCUGGCCACGGAAAGCCUCAGCAACGACCUGCAACUCAUUCGGAGACUACCGAAGAAUUUCCCCAGGCUGUAUCUUCUAAAGCUACCAUGACUGACGAUAAAGAAAACGAAAAAAUUGCUAAUAAUCAAGCUUUACAUCCAGUGUCUCCAAAAAUAAUUCAGAUAGAAGAAAGACAAGAUACAGUUAAAAAAAUUACUCCUGAAAAAAUAAAACCAACUAUUGUUAGAAUAGAAAACGUAGCGAUGAAGUUAAACUCUCGUCAAAUGGAAUCUCUAUCGCGUAAAGUCAAGUCACCGAAAAAAAUAAUUGAUAAUCAAUUAACAGAGGAUAAAUUAAUUAAAAAAUCUCGUUCAACCGAAGACAAACCUAAGGUUUUAAAAUCGCCUGAAAUUUUGGAACCAAAUGUUCCGGAUAAAAGUAAAAGUACUGAGAAGUAUCCUCGGGAUACGAGAAAUGAUAAAUUAUUAGAAAUGCAGUCUCAAAUAGUAUUUGGCAGUGAAAAAAAUCCAAAAGUACUGACUUGUUGGAUGCCAAAUAUCAAAAAGUUGUCAGAGAAAAAAUAUGGACUUGUCUUUGAAGGAAAAUUGCUGAAUGAAGCUGGUCAUGUUAGUACUAAAAAAUACGUGACUGACAUGAUAAUUCGUCGAGUAACUCCAAAAUUGGUUGAAACUGUGAAUAAUGAAUUUUACGAAUUGUCUGGAGAUAUAGUUAACAACAAGCACUUGGUACCACAGGAACUUCAAAAGCUUUGUCUUGAUGGUUGUCCUGCAAAGAUCACGGCUUUUUGUGAAAAGUGGGCAAAUAUUAAAUAUGAUAAUUCGAAUGCCGCAACGCAGUCGCUAAAUGGAUCGGUAGAUAUAGCAAGUGCACCGACGAGCUCGCGUGGCCGUCGAAUUGUACAAUCAUUACGUUACUGGGAGGGCGAAAGAUUAUCCAUGAAAGGCGACGAAGUCUAUUACAGUCCAGGACACUUCCAAGAGUCGAUUACUUCUUCCAACGAAGCUUCAAAAAAGGAUACUUUACACAGCUCACCUAGAAAACAACAAAGUACUUCCAAAAAUGAGUUGACGGUGGUGAAAAAAAAUCAAAGUCAUUUAGAGAAGGAAAAAAAAUCUAAACCACCUGUAGAGCAAGAUGAUUUAGUUAAUGCUAAAAAAUUGAAAGACAAUAAUAAUUACAAUUUAAAUAACAAAAAAUCUUCUGCGAAGAAAACAGCGAGUCCUCGAGUGUCAGAAAGCCGGAGGCGCAGUCAAAGAUUCAGAAGUCUUAAAAGAAAAUCUUACCGUGAAGUUAAGUCGUCCAGUGACUCUAGUGAUUCGGAUGAUGGAAAAUUACAGUCGAAGCGAAGAAGAAAUGUUAAUCGCAAUGAGUUGAGACCUGAGGAUAACGAUAGAAAAAUAGGAUCUAAAAAUAAAUCAAAACAUGACAGAGGUUCUUCAGAUUCAGAUAAAACUCCACAGGGAACUUCUUAUCAGUAUCGAAAAGUAGCUUACCGUGAUAAAUUUUUUUCCGAUGAAUAA